CUAAAAUAAUAGUUUAGUGAGUUACAACAAAGCGGCAAGGCUAAAAAUUAAUUGUAAUCUCAGAAAUUGAUAGAGAGAGAUAGCAACAUGGAUGCUCUCACUGUUGGCCUCGGGGAAAGGAUUUAAAUGGCUUUGUUUUCCAUAAGGCAAAUAAUUCUGCUCCGUUCCAAAGCUAGCUAGUACAUUUCUCUUUGGCUCUUUUCUCUCUCUCUCUCUCUCUCUCUCUCUCUUCAAUGCAGCUGAAUUUUUACUGACAAAGAAGAAAAAAAAAGAAAGACUUGGCAGCUGAGGAGAAGAAGAUAAGGGUAGGGGAUGACUGAUGAGUGAGUGGCAAAGAAAGACUGAAGCUUUUUGCCUUUUGCUUUGAGAACUGAGACCCUCUUUCUCUUUGUGUUCUCCUUUGUCUUUGGGAUAGCAAUGAGAGAAGAAAUCUGUUUCUUCAACAAGGAUACUCUCUUAAUAAAGCCUCCUAAGAAAUCUCCAUUGUUAUUAAGGAUGGUAAUCUUGGUGUUUGCAAUGGUCUGUGGCGUUUAUAUAUACUCAAUCUGUCUCAAGCAGUUAAGUAUCCACACCAAGACUAAACUUCUAAACAUCCAACUCAUUGGAAGGCCUUGCCCUGAUGAUUGCAUCAAGCUAUCCGAAAUUCCUUAUGUGCAUUACCCAAAACCUGAAACUUUUAGCAGGGCUGAGUGUAAACAUAAUCCUGUAAAGUUCUUUGCCAUUGUAUCAAUGCAGAGAUCAGGAAGUGGGUGGUUUGAGACCCUAUUGAAUAGUCAUGUUAAUGUGAGCUCUAAUGGGGAGAUAUUCUCUGUUAAGGAUAGGAGAAACAAUAUUUCUUCAAUUAUACAGACUCUAGAUAAAGUUUACAAUUUGGAUUGGUUCAGUAGUGCUUCAAAAAAUCAAUGCUCGGCGGCAGUUGGCUUCAAGUGGAUGCUUAAUCAGGGGUUGAUGGAGCACCAUAAAGAAAUAGCUGAAUACUUCAAUCAUAAGGGUGUUUCUGCAAUCUUUCUCUUCCGAAGAAAUUUAUUGCGUCGGAUGGUUUCAUUGCUUGCCAAUUCGUAUGAUCAAUAUGCUAAGCUAUUGAAUGGAACUCACAAGUCACAUGUACAUACACCUGAAGAGGCCGAUAUACUUUCAAAGUACAAGCCUUCAAUAAACUCCACGGCGUUGAUUACUCAACUGAAGGACAUGGAGGUGAUAACAGCCAAGGCUUUAGAAUACUUCAACAGCACUCGGCACAUCAUUCUGUACUAUGAGGAUCUUAUCAUGAACCGCACUAAACUAAAAGAUGUUCAAGAGUUUCUGAAGCUUCCACAGAUGGUAUUGUCAAGCCGGCAAAUUAAAAUACACAAAGGACCAUUGUCGGACCACAUUAAGAACUGGGAAGAUGUUAACAAGACACUUGCAGCAACAGCUUAUGAGAGUUUUCUCCAUGCAGACUAUUAGACUAAGUCCGCUAACUUUUGGAAUGGUGUAUAUACCAAUUUAACUAAUUCUUACAACGGAAGCUGACAGAAUACCAGCCAUGGUUGAAAGGUUUUGGCUGUAACACCACCACGGAGUUUCAAUGCCCUUUGUUGAUGACGCCAUUCCUUUUCAUCAUUUUCUUAUUGGUCAUAUGGACACCAUGUACAGCAAUUGUUUUAAAAGUGCAAGUAGCUCUGCGUUUUCUGGUU